AUGUCAACACCAGCGGACCACAAACAGUCGAAGAACGCGCCGAAGACGCCACCUGUGCCACGACCAAGCGCAAGCGUCCUUCUCAUAUCCCCUACCAACCAGAUCCUCCUCCUCCACCGCGUCUCCAAAGCAUCCAGCUUCGCCUCCGCACACGUCUUCCCCGGCGGCGCAUUAUCAAAAACACACGACGGCGAAAUACCACACGAAAAUGAUCUCGGACGACAUCAAGACGGGCCAUCAUACCGCAUAGCAGCCGUGCGCGAAACCUUCGAGGAGUCCGGCAUCCUACUCGCCAAGAGCAAGAAGACAGGGAAGCUUUUCACCGAGAUAAGCGAUGAGGAGCGCGAGGAAGGAAGACGCGCAGUGCACGCCGGCAAGACCAAGUUCACCGCGCUGCUGGAGAGCUGGGGAGCGAUACCAGAUACCGAGGCGCUGAUUCCGUUUACGCGCUGGGUUACGCCGCCCAAUGUGCCCAAGCGCUUCAGCACGCAAAUGUACAUGUACUUUCUGCCCUUGGGCUCUACCUCACCUACCAGACAUGCUACUACUUCUGCUCCCAAGGACACGCCGCCCAGCUCAGAGUUGGAGCAAGACGAGAUUGUCAUUCCUAACCCCACACAUGACGGCGGCAUAGAACACACCGCAGCACGCUUUCUCCCCCCAAACAAAUGGCUCAACCUCGCGCGGCAGAACUGCAUUAUCCUGUUUCCACCCCAGUUCUUCCUCAUGUUUAUCCUCAGCCCCUAUCUCGCAGCGACGAUCACGUCGCCCGAGUCCCCUAUUCCCUCGACACCGGACUUGCAGCUUGAACGCGAGCGGCUCCUCGCUUUCCUAGCUAAGCCGAGGAUGUACGAGGGUAAGCCGGAAGUUUCGUUUGCGGAGGCGUGUAUUUCUCCCAUGGCGCUGGGAAAGGGCCUGUACGGCGAUAAAGCGCAGGAUGGCGUGGGCGGCGUGGAUAAGUACACUGCUGUGCUCACGCUUGAUUAUCCGGGGAAGGAGGUAGAUGCGCAGAGUUUGGGGAGGAAGGGGGUUCAGGAGUGGGUUGUUACGACGCGGUUCAAGGGCGAGGGGCCAAGGGAUGUGGAUGUUAGGCGUAGAGAAGAUGUUUUGGGUAAGGGGUUUCAAAGGGUGGGGAAACUGUGA